AUGAUCCCUGUAUCCGUCGCCCUAUUUGUCUCCUACCGCUUUCGUUAUAUCUAUCUAUCUAUCUAUCUAUCUAUCUAUCUAUCGUCAUAUUCUUCUAUUUCAGUCUAUUCAAAUCUAUCUAUCUAUCUAUCUAUCUAUCUAUCUAUCUAUCUAUCUAUCUAUCUAUCUAUCUAUCUAAUUCUGUUAAGAUCUAUCUAUCUAUCUAUCUAUCUAUCUAUCUAUCUAUCUAUCUAUCUCAUUCUGUUCAGAUCUUUCUCAGUCUGUUCAUAUCUAUCUAUCUAUCUAUCUAUCUAUCUAUCUAUAAAGAAAUAUAGAGUGAAACUGUCAGAAUUACUAAUUCUUAUAUCUGCACUGUUUCUAUCUAUCUAUCUAUCUAUCUAUCUAUCUAUCUCAGUUUCUUCAUUAUCUAUCUAUCUAUCUAUCUAUUUCUCUAUCUAUCUAUCUAUCUAUCUAUCUAUCUAUCUAAGUUUCUUUGAUUAUCUAUCUAUCUAUCUAUCUAUCUAUCUAUCUAUCUAUCUAAUGUUGUUCGCCUCACUCAGAUACUCCUUGCCCACACACUCUCGCCACCCGCCCCACAGCCCGCCUCACGUCGCUUGUAUCUCAGCCUCUUACUGCCUCAACUUGUCUUCUCUCACCCACCAAUCCACUCACUUACCUUCCAAUUCUCUUUUUUUUUUUUUUUUUUUAGUGGUGCGUCGUCUGCUUCUACGCUACCGCCUUUCCAGCGAGCUUUAUUUUCUCUUUACCGUUCCAUCGUCGCCAUCACCAUAA